AUGACCAGAACAUUUGCAGAUGCGGUGAAGGUGCUCCGUAGGCGCCAGGCAACGAAAGCUGCCGAGAUGCCCAUUUCUUAUCUUUCCCAGGAAUCACCAUUUGUUCCUCAUCUACAAGUUCAGGGGAAGCCGCAUCUGGAGGGGAUGGCGCAAUGGUUGAGACAACUUGGUCACGAAGAUGCGGUGAAUCGGCUCACGUUUAUCCAUGUUGCGGGAAGUAAAGGAAAGGGAAGUACUUGUGCAUAUAUUGAUUCAUUACUUCGGGCGCAUAGCAAAAGAACUGGCUAUCCACGAAAGACCGGUCUGUAUACCUCACCGCAUCUUAUAGAUGAGACUGAAAGGAUCCGUAUCUCAGGCCACCCGAUAUCUCAUGGUCUCUUUGCCAAAUACGCCUGGGAAGUCAUUGAUGCUCUGUCUAUGAACCCAGAGCAGAUGCCAUCGACAGAUAACGGCCCGGGGUUUCUUCAGUCCAUGUUCCUCAUCUCACUCCACGCUUUUGUCGCAGAGAAGGUGGAUGUGGCCGUCAUUGAGGUUCAUACUGGUGGCAGGUUCUGUGCAACUAAUUUUAUCCGGAAUCCUGCUGUUACUGCAAUUACAACUCUACUUCUAGAUCACACCCCAGAACUUGGCAGCGAUAUUGAGAGUAUUACUUGGCAUAAGGCUGGAAUUUUCAAAAGAGGAGCGUCUGCCAUUUCUACAAACCAGGUGCCGGCGGCUAUGAAUGUAUUAAAAGACGAAGCCAAGAAACAGCAAGUGAAUUUGGAGUUUGUCGGUACUCUUGAUAAUCUGAGAAAUGUCUCAGGUUUUAGCAGUGCCGUUCAACGACAGAACUUUUCUCUUGCUUGGCGAGCUUGCACAGCUCUUCUCUCGCCCCAAAGGCAGCAUCUUGACGAUGAGGAUAUUCAUACUGCAGCUACGCAGGUGGACUGGCCUGGAAGGUUUCAGGUUCUAUCCCGAAGGGGAGUUUCAUGGUAUCUGGAUGUUGCUCAUAGCGCCCCCUGCAUUGAUGAGCCCGUGAAAUGGUUCAAAAAGUCAUCUCAAACUCGGGAUAAUAUCACUCGUAUAGUUGUGUUUGCACACAUUGCAAACCCUCGCCGCCGAGACGGUGUCAAACUUCUAACCCAGCUCGUGCAAGCAAUACAAUGUAUCAAUAUUGCCCCGGACUACUUCUUCCUCACAAAAGAUAAGGCAGAAGAUGUCUCAACACUACUAGAGAAAUACAAGGCGAUAUGCGACGAGGUACUUUCAAGCCAGGUGGAAAUCGAGCCCUCAGUACAAAACGUCCUUGAUCGCAUAGAAGCGAUUAAGCAACAGAGUCGAGAUGUACAUGUUCUUGUGACUGGCAGUGUAUUUCUAGUUGGCGAUGUACUCAAACUCUUGGACUAUCAGAUUAAAUAG